CCGUAGAUCUUUGUUUCAGGAAGUUCCUCCUGCAGUGAAUCUGUUUCCUGUUAUCAAAAUUAAAAUCGUUUAGAGACAGAAACAAGAAGGAAUGCCACGCCGGUCCUGACCCGGUCCAGGACGCCACGCCGGUCCUGACCCGGUCCAGGACGCCACGCCGGUCCUGACCCGGUCCAGGACGCCACGCCGGUCCAAAGCCGCAUGACACCUGUUGACGCCGUUAGCUGUGCUAGCUUUAGCAUCAGCUGGAUGGUUCUGAAGAACCCACCAGAACCGGAUCUUUCUUGGACUGGAGGAAGAGCAGCUUCUGUGAUCAGAGGAACACCGAGCCAUUAUCAGAACCAGAACCAGACCAGUCCAGGAAGGUAUGGCAUUCUGGACUGGUGGAACCAGUGCGGUUCUGUUGGGCCCAGAACCCUGAGGAGAACGGUGGUGGAGGUAUCAUACUGUGGGCCCAUUCCUCCACAGUAGGGAUCAGAACCCACCAGAACCUCAGUUCCAGACCAAGUGGACCGGAUUUCUGGAGCGACCAACCCGAUCUGGACCUCCAGGACCUUCUGGAGCGAAACCAGCACGGAGGAGAACCAGGAGCUGGUCCGACCGGACCCGGUUCUGAAGUUUCAGAACCUGCUGAUGUCUUUCUUUUCAUCAUGCUGGAGAAAUUCAUCAGCUUGGUCUGGCCCGGCCCAGUCCAGUCCGUAUGGUUCUGUGGGAACCGGCGCCUCCAGCGGCUCUCAGGUGUUUCCAGGUAAACAUGUUUGGGUUCAGCUCAGAUAAUUACCGGGUUCUGGUUCCGCCCACACAGAUGGGUCGCUAUAAGAAACGCUGCAGCCCGGCUGGUUCUGAUCCGGCAGCACCGAAACGGACCAGCACACCCAGCAGGUCAAAGGUCAGAUGAUAUUCCAGCUGUUCAGCAUCACCAGGUGAAGCAGAGCUCCAGAGGACGCAUCGUCCCCGCAUCCAAGGUAACCAAGGUAACUAAGGUGUUCAAAGUAACCAAGGCAACCAAGGUGACUAAGGUAACCAAGGUAACCAACGUAACCAAGGUGACCAACGUAACUAAGGUAGCCAAGGUAACCAGGGUGACACAUUAUUCAGGUGAGUUGCCACCUGCUGGGGUCAGGGUUAGGAGCCUAACAUGUUGACUCUGACCCUCUAUAGGUCAUAGGUCAUUCAGCAUCAUUUUAUCUCUUUAAUUAAUAGGGAUGAGUGUUAGCAUGCUACAUGCUAACAGGCUAGUGAUGUGGGAACAGAACUGGGUCAGAACCAGGUUCAACACAAGGACAUCAGGAGACCCGGUGGGAACAGAACCAGGUGAAAGACGACAACAAAAGCUGUGGAAUGUUUGAGGCUGAAACAGGAACCGGCACCUGAUCCUGGUUAAUCCAGGUGGGAUUAGGGGCGGGGCAUCCAGGGGCGGGGACAGGUGAGGACAUCAGGUAGAGUCUGGGCUCAGCUCUGCAGCAGGUUCAGUUCUGCUGGUCUCCAGUAUGCUGGGUCUAGACCCGAGGAGCAGACAGAACCAGAUGUUUGUGCUGCUGAAGGAGCUGGUGAUGGACCAGAACCAGGACCUGCAGUGGAGGGAGUCGGGUCGGUGGACGGGUUCUGAGGACCAGGAGACGGCUCACAUCGUCCCCCUGUCCGUCCAGUCCCUGCUGGUCCUGCAGAAGCUGCUGUCCGACGGCGCCGUUCUUCUGGACCUCCAGCAGAGCAGUCUGGGGGGCGUGGCCCAGCAGGUGGUGGAGCGUCUGCUGGACGGCGAGCAGGUCAGAACCGGAGACGGAGACAACGUGCUGAGGACGCUGCUGCUGCCGCACAGUCCUCCCAGUGAUCAGCAGGAUCCUCGCUGGUUCAGCAGGAACAUUUCUGCAGCUGACCUUUCCUCCCUGAUUGGCAGACGCACCGGCCAAUCAGAGCUCUCCAGGAACACAGCCAAUCACAGAGAGGCUGAUGUCAGCAGGAAGGAGACUUUGCCAUGUGGAUCACAACCUGACGGAAAGCUGAUGGAGCGAGCUGAGGCCGCCGUCGUCCUUGUGGGCAGCGUGGGCUUCCUGGACCGGCCCGUCCUGGCCUUUGUGCGACUGCAGGAAGCGGUUCUGUUGGACUCUGUUCUGGAAGUCUCCGUCCCAGUCCGGUUCCUCUUCCUCCUGCUGGGCCCUCCUACUGCCAGCCUGGAGUACCACCAGAUCGGCCGUUCCGUGUCCACGCUGAUGUCAGACCAGAGCUUCCAUGAGGCGGCGUACCGAGCAGAGAGCCAGCAGGACCUGCUGACGGCCGUCGACCGCUUCCUGCAGCGCAGCGUGCUUCUGCCCCCGCCUGACGCCAGCAGGGAGGAGCUUCUGAUCUCGGCUCCUCGCUGCCAAGGAGAGACGCUGCAGAACGGAGAGAGAGAGCAGAGCAGCAAGCUGCAGGAGAAGCAAAGCAGCCUUCAGCAGGACAAAGACUCUCUGGUUCCCUUCAAGUCCGCCGAAGCUCCUCUGAGGCGUUCGGGUCGUCUCUUUGGCGGUCUGAUCCAGGAUGUGACCCGGCGGUACCCUCAGUACCUCAGUGACAUUCAGGAUGCUCUGAACCCUCAGUGCAUGGCGGCCAUCAUCUUCAUCUACUUCGCUGCCUUGUCUCCUGCCAUCACCUUCGGCGGACUGCUUGGCGAGAAGACCGAGGGUCUGAUCGGUGUGUCCGAGUUGAUCGUUGCCACGGCGAUGCAGGGCAUCGUGUUCAGCAUACUGGGAGCUCAGCCUCUGCUGGUAAUCGGCUUCUCUGGACCUCUGCUGGUGUUUGAGGAAGCUUUCUACACGUUCUGCAAAGACAACGAGAUCGAGUACCUGACGGGCCGGGUCUGGAUCGGCUUCUGGCUGGUGCUGAUCGUCUUCAUCACUGUGGCCUUGGAGGGAAGCAUCCUAGUUCGGUUUGUUUCUCGCUUCACUCAGGAGAUCUUCUCCUUUCUCAUCUCCCUCAUCUUCAUCUACGAGACCUUCGCCAAGCUGGUCAAGAUCUUUAAGGAGCACCCACUCCAGAACUGUUUCCAUGGAAACAACAGCGGAUCUCCGUCUCUGUGCAACUUCUCGGUGACUGCCGGGAGUCCCGGGGGAACCGCCGGAGAGCCAAACACGGCGCUGCUCUCACUGGUCCUCAUGGCGGGAACAUACUUCAUCGCCUUCUACCUGCGGAAGUUCAAGAACAGCUCCUUCUUCCCAGGACGGAUCCGUCGAAUCAUUGGAGACUUUGGGGUCCCCAUUGCGAUCCUCAUCAUGGUUCUGGUGGACUACAGUGUGGAAGACACCUACACCCAGAAACUCAACGUUCCCAGCGGAUUCUCAGUGUCCAGUCCGGAGAAGCGUGGCUGGCUGAUUUCUCCGUUGGGUUCUGAUGGCCAGUUUCCAGUUUGGAUGAUGGGAGCCAGCAUCCUGCCAGCCAUCCUGGUCUUCAUCCUCAUCUUCAUGGAGUCACAGAUCACAGCGCUGAUUGUCAGUAAGAAGGAGAGGAUGCUGGUGAAAGGAACCGGGUUUCAUCUGGACCUGUUGAUUAUUGUGGUGGUGGGCGGAGUCUCAGCCCUGUUUGGUUUGCCGUGGCUCUCCGCCGCCACGGUUCGCUCGGUCACCCAUACCAACGCCCUGACCGUCAUGAGCAAGGCCGUGGACCCUGGAGACAAACCGCGCAUCCAGGAGGUGAAGGAGCAGAGGGUGACUGGGUUCUUGGUGGCGGUUCUAGUGGGUCUGUCCAUCGUUAUCGGAGAGGUUCUGCGCCAGAUCCCCCUGGCGGUUCUGUUUGGGAUCUUCCUCUACAUGGGUGUGAUGUCGCUGAACGGGAUCCAGCUGACAGAGCGUCUCAUCCUGCUGCUGAUGCCUCCCAAGUACCAUCCAGAUCAGAACUACGUCCGCAAGGUGAGGACGCUGCGGAUGCACCUGUUCACGCUGGUCCAGCUGACGUGCCUGUCCCUGCUGUGGGUUGUCAUGGCGACGGCGGCGGCGCUGGCGUUCCCUUUCAUGCUGCUGCUGACCAUCCCUCUGAGGAUGCUGCUGCUGCCACGCCUCUUCAGCCCCAGAGAGCUUCUGAGUCUGGAUGCUGACGAUGCAGAGCCCCACCUAGAGGAGAAGGAGGGGCAGGACGAGUACUCGGACCUUCAGAUGCCCAUCUGACCCGAUCGGACCAGAACCGGACCAUUCGCACCUCUGAACAGCUGCUUUUGAACAUGCUGAUGUGAUUUUACUGAAAUGUUUCUCUGUAACGAUCAGAACCAGAACCAGAACCUGCUGCUCUCAGUAAAAACUCCUCAAUAAACAGAUCUGUCUUUA